AUGAGUCUACUCGAUAGUUGGAAUUCACCUAAAUACGUUUUAGCACCUAUGGUUGAUGGCAGUGAACUUGCCUGGAGGAUGCUCGGUCGUAAAUAUGGAGUUCAACUAACUUUCACACCCAUGAUUAACUCGACUGCAUUUCUCAUUAACAUGAAAUACCGCCGAAGUUGCUUGCAGUUCGCCUCAGAAGACCGACCACUUAUUGUUCAAUUUUGUGCUAAUUCUCCAGAUACAUUUGUUAGGUGUGCUAAAUUGGUGCAGCCCUUUUGCGAUGCAGUCGACCUGAAUCUCGGUUGCCCUCAAGGAAUUGCUAAAAGAGGGCAUUAUGGUGCGUUUUUACAAGAUGAGUGGAAUUCUCUCAAGGAGAUUGUUAGCCGCGCUUCGUUAGAGCUUAGUGUUCCCGUCACCUGCAAAAUCCGAAUCUUUAGUGACGUUGAGCGAACUGUUCAGUAUGCAAAACUUCUCGAAGCUGCCGGGGCUUCUAUGCUUACAGUUCACGGACGCACCAGAGAAAUGAAGGGUCAAAAAACUGGACUUGCUGACUGGAAUCAAAUUAGGGCAGUAAAAGAAGCAGUAAAAAUACCUGUUAUUGCCAACGGAAAUAUUCAGUAUUUGUCAGAUGUUCAUCAGUGUUUGGACUCAACAAAAGCCGACGCAGUUAUGAGUGCAGAGGGUCAUCUUCACAACCCGGCCUUAUUCCUAGGAAUUCAACCAUGUAUCUACGACAUGUGUUUUGAAUAUUUGGACUUUGUGGAAAAGUACCCAACGACCAUGCAAAUCAUCAGAGGACAUAUCUUUAAACUAUGUCAUCACGCAUUGGACGAACACUCUGAAUAUCGUUCACUAAUUGGGUCUUCUCAAUCAACUAAGGGAAUAAAAGAAAUAUUACAAAAAAUGGCAAAUCACUGUUCACACUAA